AUGGAGCAACGAGAACCAGUGGAAGAAAUUAAAAAAAGUACUAGUAAUAAAACUUCUUCAAUAUCUGAUAUUGAUCAAUUAUGCAAUUUAAUCGAUGAAAGUACAUUUGGUGAUUAUGUUCAAGGAUCGUCACAUAAAUCAUCUAAUUUAGCAUUACGAUUUCGUUCAGUUCCUUCUUGUCAAGUAAAAGCUUUUCGUUCGUCACGUCUUAAACGUUUACAUGCAUCAUCACCAUCCUCCUCCUCAUCAUCAGCAGCAGCAUCAUCAAUACCAAAAAUCGACGAAGAAGAAGGUGAUGGUGAAAAAUCUUCUUGUCGAUCAUUAAUUCCAUAUACACGUCGAACAUUUUCAAUGCGUUUUUCUCUUUCAUCUCCAUCAUUACUUAAUCGUUUUCGUUCUUUAUCGACAUGUCAUUUUCCUCAAUCUCGUCGAAAUUUACAUCUAGCUUCAAAUCUUCGAUCACAUUAUAUUCGAUGUUCAUCGCCAACAACAAUAACAUUAUUUCGUACGAAAUCUGUUUUACCAUCUAUUGUUGAAGAAGAAUCAAAUAUUGAUAGUUCAUCAUUAUCAACAACAACAACAACAACAUC